CGUUGGUGGAGUUACACUGCGUGUUGUUUUUCCCGUUCGGCUGACUCUACCGAGUAUUGCGUUGGAGAACGCUCCAAUUGUUAUUAUAGUAGUGGUACAGAUUCGAUUUCGCGAGAAUAUUUGUGUCCAGCCAGAACGUGUCUCAGUAUGAAAAUAGUGAAGGAAUGUGUCUUGGAACCGAAACUGCAUCAGCCUGAAAUCUAAUUUCGUUCUCAUGUGAUAUCAGUUUUGUUCGGGACUGGUGCACAUACAUUUAUAGAGUGACAGAUGCGUUACGCACAUGGUUGGGCACGUGGACGAGGACAUUAAGGAAAUCGUAGACCUUUUCGAUUUCGCCUUAUCGGACACGUGAUCAUCUCUCUUUUAUGCACAAGCACAUCCCUCACGAUGCGGACGCGUGACUUACGACGCAUCGGAUGGUAUUAGAAGGAAGUUCCCUUCCGAAAUUACUUGCAAUUGGCAAUCUGUGAGUCAUCAAUCACACGUGAAGGAUCCACCGGAAGUGGAGGAAGAAGGGAGAGUGACCUACGGAGGACGUCCUACGAGCUGCGCGCGCAUCCCUUAGGAAUAUUGUCACACGGCACACGCACGAUGCAGACCGACGAAGAGAUUCAGUACGUACCGAGAAGCCGGCCGGUGAGCUUUUACGAUAAUUACAAGGACGUAUCGGUAAUGCCGCCUUGCGUCACUUCUACCAUGAGUGUGGGCAAUUUGAACCAGACCUGUGAUGGCAAUGGCACGUCUACUAUGUCUCAGAGCAAUAAUAAUAAUAAUAGCAUUAAUAACAGUAACAAUAACAAUAACAACAACAAUAGAGUCAGUAACGCCGUCAGCGUGGGCAAUGUUUCGAAAAUUCACACUGUCAAAGUCACGGGUGCAGUAUCAACCGGGAACAUCGGGCGAAUCUGCCGCGGUGACAAAGAACUCGGUCGAACACCAUCAAUGGCCAACUGUUUAGCAACGACGGUUCCCGUCAAUCUAGCGGCUUCUCAAAUAGCUGGUCGGCAUACGCCCACGAGAAAUUCUUUGAGGCAUAGCAGGAUGAUUGUCAUGCAUCGGACUGGCCAUCGUCCAGAAAAGUUUUUACCUCCUUUAAUCUACCAUCGACGAUUAGCCCGAUGCCUGGCGGCAUUUCAAACCAUCCUUGGCAUCGCGGUGACUUCCUUGUCGUUAUGGUUGUUGCUUUGGGCACCACACUUACCUGUCGUGGACAAUCCGUAUUGGAGUGGUAUGCCUCUCUUAAUGUCCGGAUGCUUCGGAAUAUGUCUUCUAUACUGCUUUAAGAAAGAAUAUCCGGAUUUGAAUCCUGGAUUUUGUCUUUCUGCGACGAAGCUAGUUAGCGUGUUUUUGGCGAUUCUGGCAACGAUUGCGUGCGUGAGCGCAUGUAUAUUCUCCGCGAUGCACUUGUCACGUCUCAUGAGACUGGAAUGUACUCCGGCACGAGUAUUGAAUGCCACGUGUGUAUGCAGGCCACGCGGUGAGCCGUCUGAUUCACUCGAAGGUGUAGUCAGAUACAUGGACCUUAAUUGUCCCGAAGUAGAAAAUAUUCUGACGAUUCUCCUUAUCUUUUCGUGCACUUGUAAUGGACUAGGCGCCUUGGUGGCGGGAUGGUAUAGUUAUCUCCAUUGGAGCACACGAUACAAAAGGCCAAAAUACACACAAGUUAGGACUAAUACUGUUUCCACAAACAAUAAAUUUAACAAUAGACCGAUCUACAAAUUGAAUCUAGAGGAACGAUGACGCUUACAAACGUUAUAAUGAUCGAAAUACUUCCAUUUUGUCGUGAUCCAUCAACUUCCAUAUGGGUAAUUACUAUUGGAGUGAUCAAUUAUACAUAUAUACAUGUAUAUAUACAUGUAUACAAAGAAAUCUAAACAAUUACAAAUAAAUCUUAUUUUUUACUGAUUUAUUAACAAACGGAUUAAUCUUGAUAAACGCAAAAUGACAGAAACGAUUCAUGAAAACAUUUUGACAAAAAAAA